GGCAAACUUUAUUUGGUGUCUUGACAGGUAUAAAGCAACAAUUUGUAUUUACUUUUUUGCAAAAAAUUGAAUUCAUAUAAGAGCCUAUUUUUUUCCUUGGGAUGUUAAUUCUGGACAUGCAGUUAAACUAGUAUCUUAAUUGUCAUUCAUAAGCUUGAAUACAAAGAUUAAUAGAGGAAUAUCAAUAAAGGCGAUGUCAAACCCGCCCAUCAAAAAAGAUGAUUUUACUUCAUCUUCCCAAGACCUUGAAAAUGAAAUAACAUUUGCAACCGACGUCGAAAAAAAUACAAAAGAGAUCAAUGUUGAAUCAAAACAUGCCGAAAAUUCAUUAAAGCGAGACCUCAAGGCUAGACACUUGUCAAUGAUUGCCAUUUGUGGUGCUCUUGGUGUUGGUUUACUUAUAGGAACAGGAAAUGUACUCAAAAAAGCUGGCCCAGGCUCUCUUUUCAUCAGUUAUUCUUUGGUUGGUUUAAUUGUUACCACCGUAAUGACAGCCAUUGGUGAAAUGGCAACCUAUCUCCCCAUGCGUCAAAGUUACACAGGAUUUUCUGCUCGUUAUGUUGAUCCAUGCUUGGGUUUUGCUUUCGGUUGGAUCGUUGCAUGUGGUAGUUUAUUAGGUCCAGCCAAUGAAUUUGUUGCUGGUGCUAUGGUGAUGAAUUAUUGGAUUCCAACCGAUAAAGUUAAUGCUGGAGUAUGGGUAGCAAUAAUGAUUGUUUUUGCUACUUUAAUCAACUAUUUUGGUGUGAAGUGGUAUGGAGAAAUUGAAUUCUGGUUAUGUGCAAUCAAAGUUGUUGUUAUAUUAGCCGUUAUAUUUAUGAUGCUUGUUUUAAUGUUGGGAGGAGGCCCAGAUCAUGACAGAAAGGGCUUUCGUUAUUGGAAGAAUCCUGGUGCGUUUGCAGAGUAUAAAAACAAUAAUGUGUUUAUCAGUGGAAAUACCGGCAGAUUAGUGGCCUUUACUUCUUCAAUUGUUAAUGCUGUUUUUGCUUAUGUUGGCAUUGAAAAUGUUGGAACUUUGGUUGGUGAAUCCCAAAAUCCAAGAAGAAACAUUCCAAGAGCUGUUAAAUUGGCUUUCUAUCGCAUAAUCCUAUUUUAUGUCAUCUGCACUUUGUUAUUGGGCUGUAAUGUUCCAUUUAACAGUCCCUUAUUAAAGAAUGCUACAAGUGCCACAACUUCUGCUGCUGCUUCUCCAUUUGUUGUUGCAAUUAGACUUGCAAAAAUUUCAGGUUUGGAUCAUGUUCUUAAUGGUGCUCUUUUGAUCUUCUGUUUUUCCUCUGGAAACACUGGUUUUUAUAAUUGCUCACGUACUUUGUACAGUUUGGCCAACAGAAAUCAGGCUCCAAAACUUUUUCUCAAAACUAAUAAAAAGGGUGUUCCAAUCUAUGCAUUGGCCACAGCUGUUUUGUUCAGUAUGACGGGUUUCAUGUGUGUUUCUGAAAAGGCUGAUGUUGUAUUUGAAUAUUUUGUUUCAUUUAUUUCAAGUCUUGGUGUUAUGAAGUGGAUUUCUGUUCUUAUUACUCAUAUUGCUUUUAUGAAUGCUUUGAAAGCUCAAGGAGUUAGUCGUGCAACUUUGGUAUACAAAUCUCCUUUCCAACCAUAUGCUAGUUAUAUUUCACUAGGUGUCUGCAUUUUUGUUGCCUUGAUUAAAAACUUUACUGUUUUUCUCAAGGGAAAUUUUGACAUUAAAUUGUUCAUUACAGGAUACAUUAACAUUCCCUUAUUUAUCGGCUUAAACUUGGGUUACAAGCUCAUUGCAAAAUCAAAAAGACUCAAGUCAUCAGAAGUCGACUUGGUAACUGGAAAAGAUGUCAUUGAUAAAGAAGAAGAUGAAUUUCUCGCUGAGCAAGCACACAAAAAAGAACUUAGAGGCGACAAAAAAGACUGGAAAUGGAUUUAUGAACAUUCAAUUGGUUAUUUGUUCUGAUCAUUCCCAUUUUGAGCCGAAAAAAAAUAUCGUUUGUUUUGA